UGUGUAUCUUCUCUAAUGGUCCAUGUGUGUUUGUUCUGCCAGGAGGUGAAGGCCGGUGAUGUUCUGAGCAAGAAGAACCUCUGGGAGAAUCUAGGAGACUCUUCCCCGUCUGGGAGAGCAGGGAAGGGAGCUUCCUCUGGUAAAAAGUACAAAUUUGUGAUGAUGGCACACGGCAAGUAUGAGAAGGUUGCCGUCGGUGAUGAUGAUUACAACGAGCACACAAACGGGAAAUCAACUGGACAAUGACUAGGAAUUGUGAAGAACAGACGUUGGACUGUGAUUACUUCGACGAUCACUUCACAUCAUAUUUAUCAUUCAUUCCAUUUAGCCGACAUAUUCCUC